AAUCUAAAAAUUAAAAUGAGAAAUUACAACUUUCGAUGUUUAUUUUUUAAAUUUUUGGUUGUUUCCAGUAUUGAGCCUGUAAUUUGCAUAUCAUCCGUGACUCGUAACUUCUUCCUUCUAUGUUCCUUUCGUGAAUCAUCUUUCUUAAACUUUCGUCAGUUCAUCAAUUUAAAAGUUUAUCUUGUAAACUGCACAUCAAUCAGUAAAUUGUUUUAGAUUACUGAUCAAUUUAUUCUUCACUGCGCCGUUAUGUUAAUAAUUAUAUUGUGCUUUAGCGUCGAGAACACUCGUCCAUCUCUCACAAUUCUUAAAUAGAAAUUAAAUGAGGUAAUUGCAAGCACAACAUUGCACGAACUAAAAGCCGCUCAGCAAAACAGCACAGCAUUAACAAACAAGUUGCACCGCAAAGCGUAAAUUGCACAGCUGAAGCUAAUUUCUGAACCAUUUCAAAGAUCUUUGAUGUUGACGUGGAACUGCUGUGGUUUCUUUUCUUGGAACUCUCAGGUACAGCCAGGCGGUGUUGACAAGGACUCAAUCAUCAAUUCUCUUAAACGCCAGCACCGUGAGUCUAUGGUGGACCUAUUGAGGAGGCAGCUAAAUGAGCAGUUGGAGCUGGCCGAAAAGCAACUUCUUCCUAAGCAAGAGGAACUGGAGAGGCUGAUGCGACUGUCCCAGGAGGAGAAGAUGAAAUCCCUGGCUGAUUUACACGCCAAGCAAAUGAAUGAAUUAAGAAAAAGCCAAGACAACCAGAACAGAGAAGAACUCAAAGUGUUGGCGCGUCAACAUUCCAAGAAAGAUGAACUUCAAAGGAGGAAACGAGAGGAAAACAAAAAGCAUAUAGAACAAGCAGUCAAAGAAAGACAAAAGAUGGCAGAGUUCCACAAGAAAGAGAGCGAGGAGUUAGAGAAGGAACACGAUAAGCUAUACGAAACUCUCGAUGAGGACUGGAAAAAGAGUUCACAAGACCUUCGGACUCUGCACGAAACGAAAGUGAAACAUUUAAGUGUGUGUGACCUGGAGAUCACAUAUGCUUCACUUUAUGGCGACAAGGUAACCAAGCUGUAAUUUUGGACGCCAGGUUACAAUGUCUUUAGUGGCGAGGUUGCCAAGCCGUCAACUGGAAAAGGAUUUACCCGCACAAGUCAAAUCGUGCAAUAAGCUAAUCCUGUAGUAGGGAUAUUACUUUUUAUCAGGGAAAGCCCAGGGUAAAACUGGCCUAGAUAAAAUUCUUUCUCUUUGGCCAUCGUAGCUUUAUUUAAUCAGGUAUUGUUGGGAUUGGUCAUUAUUCCGAGGGACUCGUAAUUUAUUUAAAAGUGAUAAUAUUUAUUGUCAAGCAUCCUCCUGGGCAGUAAAGUAAGGUAAUUUAUUUAAAAAAGGAUAAUGUCUUAGUGUGCUUGCUUGCGCCUCUUAGCUAACGAAAGCCUCAGGUGUGUCUGGUUGUUGUACAGGUGUUUUUAUUUCUUUUUCUUCACAAAAGAUAACGAACAUUUCAGGUUUUUUCCCUACAUGAUACACAUGAAUAACAGCUUGUGACAUACAUAGUCAUAUUUCUUUUUCUUGCUCAUAAUCAUAAUUUGUUUUUUUGCUCAUAAUCAGGAAACAAUUCCUUUAAUG